AUGGGCGAACAUAAUCUCCUUAAUCCUGGGUUUGUGGGACCGUUGGUGAACAUCCAUACGGGAGACACCUUCUAUUUCCCCAAUUUCCGAGCCUCCGGAGGACAGCUGCCCGGCUUACCGUCUCUCUCCUACCCAAGAAGGGACAAUGUCUGUUCUUUGCCCUGGGCAUCCUCAGAGCCGUGCAACGGAUACCCCCAGCCCUAUCUCAGCAGCCCCGUGUCCAUUAACCCUUCCUUCAGCAGAGCCUGCGACUUAGCUAGAGUGGAAGAAAGCAAGUGCUACUAUAGGGAGGCGUGCUCCGAGAACGCGCCCCUCAAAAGGGAAGAGAGGGUUAGGGACAAUGCCUUGAUGCCCCUCGAAUCGGGGAUCCCCAAUGGAAUGAGCGGCAAUUUCGGGAAAUUUGACUAUCCGGCUACUGAGGCGGUGUCCCACGACCCCCCUUCUUGUCAGUCCUUGGAGUCAGACUCCAGCUCCUCCUUACUCAAUGAAGGGAAUAAGGGCGCCACCAGCGAGCCGUCCACAAUGGUUUCCCCUAUCAACCAAGGAAGCAAUCUUUCCACCGGGGGUGCUCCCUGGUACCCGAUGCACACAAGGUCCCGGAAAAAGCGAAAACCCUAUUCCAAACUGCAACUAGCGGAGCUGGAAGGGGAGUUUAUGGUCAAUGAAUUCAUUACUCGCCAAAGAAGGAGGGAGCUUUCAGAUCGGUUAAACCUGAGUGACCAGCAGGUGAAGAUCUGGUUCCAGAACCGGCGUAUGAAAAAGAAAAGACUCCUUCUGAGAGAGCAAGCCCUUUCUUUCUUUUAAAGUUCAGACAAGUCCAUAUUGGGUAAUCACAGAAACUCUCCUAGCCUUCAUUACAGCUGAUGGUCCCGGGACUCUUACCUGAUCUGGUCUGAAUAGCCAAUUGCUAUUAUUUUCUUUCUCUGUUUUUAAAGGAAAAACAAAUCAGUAUCCUUUUCAGAAGCCCAACAACAGGCGUGCGUGCGUGUGUGUGUAAAUGUUUUGGUUCCGCCCCUGGACCUGUCCGGAAAGACCCAAAUGUGAAUAUGGAGAAAAUAUCCCCCUCCAUCGAUUAAUCCGCUUAACUUUCUACGGUUAGGGAUCUUUCAGGAGUGUGGAGUAUGUUCUGAAUGUAAGUUCUGAGUCUCGACAACCGUGUCCCUUUUGCGUGUACAGACAUUCACAGGUAUGGUUUUCCCUCUCAGCAGCAGGGCUCCCUGCUUUGUUUCUCGGAGGCUUUAUUGUUGGUAGAUAGCCCAGAUCGCUGAAAGGCAGUAUUCUUGGAAGCAAAGUCACUGUCCUGCAGUAUGUGG